CAGUAAUAAAUAUUAUUUGACGAGUGUUUACAAUUUAAAUUUCUAACCUAAGUUUAAUUCUUAUGUUUGGUUAUUUAGUAUAGACAAUUCUUUGACUAUGACAACUAAUUUAUGUCGUUAGAGCCGAAGUAUCCAAUAGAACCAGCUUUAUUUGCCAAAGUGCACAGUGAUAAUGUCGACGGGACAGUCUAUAAACAGCGGCAGUUCCUUUUCAGACAAUGCGUGGAAUUUGUUGAGGAAUCAGGUAAAAUACGUAUUACAGAACUUUCCUAACGGUGCGAAGUUCAAAGAUGUGGACGCGGCAUUUCAAAAGUACUAUGGACACAGUUUGGAUCCAAUGCAAUACAACUGCUCUAAUUUUUUCUCGCUGUUCAAUUUACUGCCCGACAUUGUCGAUCUGAACAAGUGCAAGUCCGUCGCCCUCUUGCCCGGCCUGAAGGGCGACCGCAGACACAAAGUGGUCAUGGACAAAGACAAGUUUGUGCAACCGAGACUGUACAAAACUCUUAAAGUCGACGACUAUUACGAAAGUACGGUUGCGUCAAUUUACGAUCCGAACAAGUUUUGGAUCGUGAUCAAGCCGCGGGAGUUGGAACUGUUUCAGAUUCAUAUGAAUCGCAUUUACGGGCUUUUCGAGAAUCAGAUAAACAUUCCGCAGGAUGUUCUGGCUAAAGGUUUGGCGUGCGUGGUGAGGGUGGAUGAAAAUUACUGCAGGGCAAUCGUUUCGAGUUGCUGCACGAUUAACAGGGAUAAGAUCAGGGUUUUUUGCGUGGACAGCGGCAACAUUUUGGACGUCGGUCUUCAGGACGUUUACUAUUUGCAGGCACAUCAUGCAAGUGUUGCCCGGUUUGCAUUUCGUGCUUGUCUUGCGGGCAUUCAACCCAAUAACUCUCCAAUCUGGACGAGGCACGACGUGGAUCACUUCUCAAAUUUGGUUACUAAACGUACUAUGAUCUGUAAAAUCGUUGAAGUUGAAGAGGAAAGGGUGAUUUUGCAUGUGGCAAUACGGGAAUUGUGCGGACACUUUUGCGAUUACGUAAACGACUUGUUGGUGUCUGGUGGAUUGGCCAAACAAUUGGAAAAGGAUGAUGGCACACCGGCAAUUGUUUUUGGAAGAUAUGUUUCAAAAGUGAAAUAUUUAUUUAUGUAUCCGACGUUUGAGGAGAUUGAAACCAGUAAAUUGCCACCAAGUGUCAAGGACUUAGAGAAUCUUUGUCACAUGCCUUUGGAUAAACUGUAUGUAAACUAUUUGAAACAUACAGACAAUGACUGA